CCAAGCAACAACAUUGACGACAGUGCAGUGGUGUCAUGGCGGCGUGCGGAGUCAGUUUUGAGAGCUCGAGCAGCAUAGAGGACAGAAAGGAUGGCAAACGACAGGCUCGAAAAGAGGCGAUAGAAAAGGCCAAGCAGCAGUAUGACAAGGAAGAGAGGAGGAAGGAGCUGAAGAGGCUGAGAGGCGAGGACACAUGGAUGCUCCCUGAGAUCAACCAGAGGCUGCAGGCGAUAGAAGAAGAGGAUUCUUUGAAGAGCAAAAAGAAAAAAGAAAAGAAAUCUAAAAAGAAAAAGGAGAAGAAGAAGGCCAAGAAAGAGAAGAAAACCGCAGAAACGGGAGAUGGCUCUAAUGACAGCUCAGAGGACUCGGGGGAUGAGUGGGUUGAGGCCAAACCACAGGCCCAAACUGCUAAAGCCUGGAAGCUCCCUGAUGACUCUAAACCUUCAGAGAGCAACCAAAGCCCAGACCAGAAUGUCCAACAGAGAGACGAAUGGAUGACCUUUGACUUCCUGGCAAUGAAAACUACCUCUACAACAGAGAGGAGAGCUGAGAAAGAACGGCUGAAAGACGAGGAGAAAGCAAAAGCACAGGCCAUUGAACAGGCUGGUUUGCACAAAUUGGAACUUAAUCCAUACUGGAAAGAUGGAGGAUCUGGUCUGCCCCCAGAGGAGAAGGCUGGAACUGCAACAACAAAAGUCUCCGUAGUGAACGACGCAGGUCUGAGCUGGCUGAGGAAGAGCUUCCAGAGGAUGAAGGAGCAGGCUGAGAGGGAGCAGCGCAGCCUGAAGGAUGUGGUGUCUGAGAGAUACGGGUCAAUGGAAGAAUUUCAGCAGAGACUUGAUGAUGCUGAAAAAGCCGUUUACGGAGAGAAGAGAGGAGGAGGAGGAAGAGGAGGAGGAGGAGGAGGGGGAGAGAGGACAGCAAGAGGCGGAUGGAGGAAAGGAGACAAUGUGGACAGAGGGAGGAUGUGGAGAAAAGAGGGAGAAGGAGCAGACAGAGAUCAGUGGAGAAGAAGUGAAUGGGAAAGAGAUCCGUCACCAACAGACAGACAGAGAAACCGAGCCGGGAGAGGAGAGGGCAGGGAGAGAGAGCAGGGAGGGUAUCGAGGGAGAGGGGAGGAGAGAGGUGGAGAUGGUGACAGGUUUAGAGAGAGCGAUCGAGACAAAAGGAGAGACAGAGAUGGUGAAAGAAACCGAGAGAGAGACAGAGAGACGGAUAGAGAUGACAGAGACACGGAUAGAGAUAGUGAAAGAGAGAGACCUGUUACAUCAUUAUCAUCAGGGGAAAGUUGGAGUCAAGGUUCUUCCUCUCUUGGGUCACUAAAAAGCCGCUUCCUCAAACCCACUGAAGAUGACGAUAGCGGUGAAGUUUUAGAGCGUCGCCGCCCUCCUCCUGCAGGUCGACCCAAAGGGUUCCUAAAACCAACCUCUGACGAUGAAGACCCUGAUCCACGUAAUACAAGCAUUCCAACCUGGAAGAAGAGCAGCAGUUCUUCCCGGGAAUCUUAUAGCUCAGAGAAACAACAACAACAACACCAGGAGAAAGAGAGGGAUCCUGGGAAGGCUGCAAAAGCUCCUCAAGACUCCGGCAUGCACGUUGAUAAAGCUGCUGCUACAACAACAACAUCAAGGAGUGAGAGUGAGAGUGAGGAAGAGGAGGAGCAGGUUCCGCUGCUGUCAGAGGAGGAGAUGAACAAACUUGGUGCCAAACUGGUGAAGGCAGAGAUCAUGGGAAACACGGCUAUGGUGGAGAAGCUAAAAUCCCAGCUCGAUGCAGCACACAAAGCCAAAGAGAUCCACGCCAACCAACAGAAACAGCAAGAAACAGCAAGAUCAAAACAGGUCACAGGUCGCUCCAGUGAAGACCAGGAAGUCCUGCUGUUCAGAACAGACCAAUCAGGUCGGGCCUGGCCAGUCAAUGCCCCGUCUGGAUCCCUGGAGCCCCACGGAGGACGACGGAAGAAGAAAGCGAUUGAGACUCACGUUGACGGGGAGCGUGUGCGCUACUUCCAGGAUGAUGAUAAUGUGGGUCUGAAGGAGAUGGUGAGGAGGGAGAAGAUGAGCACUGCGCAGGAUCAGAAUGCCCUCUACUCUCGCAUGGCUUCAAAGAUGAUGGGAAAGACAGACGGCGACAACUACACACUGGAUGACAUGUUUGUGUCGAGUGCAGCACAGCGGGAGGGCGAGGGGAGGGAGGAGGAGAGGAUGAGGAGCAAAGCCAUUGGGGAGAGUAGGAGGCUGGCGGCCUCCAUGGAGAAAUGCCACUACUGCUUCAGCAAUCAAGAGCUCCCAAAGCACCUCAUAGUGGCAAUAGGGAGCAAGGUGUACCUGAGCCUGCCAGCAGGAGUGUCCAUGACAGAGGGCCACUGUCUCAUCUGUCCUCUUCAUCAUCACUGCUCUGCCACCUUAUUGGACGAGGAUGUCUGGUCAGAAAUGCAGCUGUUCCGGCGUACUUUGGUGCGUAUGUUUGAGUCCCAGGAGCUCGACUGUGUGUUCAUGGAAACACACAUGAACCCACGCAGGAGGCAACACAUGGUCCUAGAGUGUAUCCCACUACCACGAGAACUGGGGGAUAUGGCACCCAUAUACUUUAAGAAAGCUAUCAUGGAGUGUGACGAGGAAUGGGCCAUGAACAAAAAGGUCGUCGACCUCUCUUCGAAAGACAUCCGCCAAGCUGUUCCUCGAGGUCUGCCUUACUUUGCAGUAGACUUUGGACUCCAGGGAGGGUUUGCUCAUGUCAUUGAAAACGAGCAGAAAUUCCCCCAUUACUUCGGCAAGGAAGUGGUUGGAGGCAUGAUGGACUUGGAGCCGCGACGUUGGAGAAAAUUAAUCCGGGAGAACUUUGACGAUCAGAGGAAAAAAGUCCUGCAGUUCGCACAGUGGUGGAAACCCUAUGACUGCACCAAGACGGAGGGUUAACAAGACUAACUCACAGAGAGGUGUACAACACUCUGCUCAGAAACAGAGACUACACAGACAUGAAUCAAAUACACUGUUGUUCCCAGAGUUGAAGUCACAUAUGGAGAUAAUGGUGCAGAUGCCUUCAUGAUAAUUGGACACAAAAUCUCUUUUUUAGAAGUUGUAACAUGAGAACUUGUAUUACUUAAAUAAAAAGUAAAUGCUUAACUUUGA